CUUAACGAAUUUCUUAUCUAAAUAAACAAAUGAAAAUACCAAUACCGUUCAAUCAGGAAUUUUUUUAUAUUAUGUCAGUAAUUCCUGCAAAAGAUCCUAAUUAUUUUAACACAAUAUAAAUAUUGACAUGUUCUAUUAUUUACCAUUCACCAUUUUAGACACUUGCGUACUAUACCAUUCAUAGUACCUGUACACUGUACAUCUAAUAAUAUAUUGUUAUAUUUUAAAAAUGAAGGCAUAUUUAAUCUUUGCUUUGUUUUUAAUCCUCACCAUCAGUACAGAGUUGGCCUUUGGAGAUUGCCUUUCUGGAAGAUAUGGAGGUCCAUGUGCAGUAUGGGACAACGACGCUUGCCGUAGAGUUUGUCAUGAAGAAGGAAUUGGUGGUGGACAUUGCAGCGCUAGUUUGAAGUGUUGGUGCGAAGGAUGUUAAAAAAUAUUGUACUUAUAUUUGUUACUAUCGUUUCAUAUUCAUAAAGAACAUUAAAUAUAAUAUUAUUUUUAAUAUACAGAUUUGUUUCGUUUGCUUAUUAAAAAAUAUAAUCUUUAGAAUUA